AUGUCCACCACUAACGAAACUAACGAAAAUGUUACUAAGCUGCUCGAUAUUCAGCAAAAGCUAAUGCUCCUUGCAAAGAAGAUUCUUAACCCCAAAGGUGAUAAGCCAUAUGUUGAUGAGUAUAUCACUGCAACAUCCAGUUACAUUCAGAAUGCAAUUUCUAAAGUUAUGACCGCUGAGGACAAAGAUAAAGCUAGUAAGGAAGUAGCUAAGGAUUUAAACAAAAAGCUCGAAGCUUGGGUUGCUGAAAGAAAGGCGCAGAGAGCUGCUGCGCAAAACAAAAAUGAGCUAGAGAAGAUUGAACCUGAAUUAUUGCACGAAGACCUCGACUGA